GUCAUUUCACACAGGUCUUAAUCAUAGGAGGGAAUCAUUUGCAUGGCGCUGUCCUCACAUAUUCUUUUCUAGAGUUGAAUUCUAACAAAUGUUUUCAUUAAACGUGUUGACAGCGAGGCAUUGGAGGAGCUUUAGGUAGGACCCGGCGAGGGGGUUUGCUUUUUAGGCGGCCGGAACGUUGCGUCUGGGCCAUAGUGGGAGGGCAAGCAAAGUCAUCACACAGGUAAGCUGAUGAGAGCUUUAUUACAACUUUGUUAUCUCAUUGACUUUGGUUUACAUUACAAGGAUGUUAGUUUAGGAGAUGAACAUUUAAAAUAAAAGUCUUCUUACCAAAAUAGAAUUGCUUAAAUUUGUUUUUUAUCAUAUAUAAGAUGAUAAACAUUCAGGGAGCUUUGGUAAAAAUCAUUUCAAUUGAAAGGAUAUAUUUUGUAAUUAACCAAUUUGAUUUGUUGUGGUAUAUUGUUGAACUGGCUGUGUGGCGAUUAAAAAUGUCUCUCAUUUGAAAAAAGUCAAUUUUUUUAUUUAACGUUUUUUUCAAAUCUAGCCAUUGUAAUAUUGUUGUGAUGUUCGUUAUUACUAUCCGUAUAUAUUAGGGCUGCUGCUAUCUCCUUUUAGAAUCGAUGACUUCGACUAGGAAAGACUCUCGUAGUCACAAUACAUACAAACAUUUUCCCCAGGAUACAAAAACUUGUACUCACUGCUCACCUUGCAGCGGGAGGCGACCAUGUCCGACAUCAACGCCACUGAUUUGAGUUCCCUGCUGCUGUCCUGGUUGCAUCAAUGCCUCAACAGAACCGCUGGGCAAUCUCCGCAAAGCCACGCCAACACGUCCGCCGCAUUCCAAGGAGUCUUCUACAUCCUGCUGGUGUUUGGCAUGUUCAGCUUCUUCUCCUUUGCGGUCAUGUUUCGUUUCAUCCGCUCCAGGAAACUGGAGGGCUCCCAGGACCCGUACCAGCAGUACAUAGCCCAAGACUGGAGCCGGAAGCGAACGCCGUCUACGGCCGCCGCGGCUCGGGUGUCAUCGUCGGUGGUCAUCUGUAACCCGACGACAGAGGUGGAAAAUCAGCAGUGA